AUGGGGGAACGGGCAAUAGUGCACGUGUCCAGGCAGCCCGGCGAAACUAUCGACAUCGACGCGGGGGAGGAAGAGGGAUUUUCAGCGGGGAACGACCUCCCUUCCUCAUGCGAAUGCCUCUACAUCGGCAAACAGAAGCCCGGUAUCAAGACUGGUGCCGUUGACAGCCUCAACCGACGCUUGGACGUGCUGGAAAAAAUACUAUUAGAUGAAUCUGGCAAACGCCGACCGCAAUUUGCCUCAGUAGAUCGCGAUGAGGGGUACUGGAACAUAAAUUAUCUUUCCAGUUCUCGGCAAGAGGUGCCAGAUCAGGAUCAUAGCCGGUAUUCAAGCCAACGACACCAGAAGCUCGACGCCGGAGCAACAGCCUCCAACUCCCCCGGAUCUCCGCCCCAAGCCAGCUACGGUAGCCAGAAAAGAAGACGGAUCAAUGAUAAGAAUCCCGAUCUCUGGGAUGAGGACGAUGUACCGCAUGCACUGCCUUCAUCGCACCUUUUGGAUGCAAUCGUCAAUAUCCACUUCCAGACGGUGCAUCAUUGGGUCCCAAUCCUCCACGAGGCACGAUUUCGGGCGAAAUUGGCGAAUCCCGACGAGAGAUAUCGGCUGGUGGUGCUUCUCCACUCACUCAUUGCUAUCGCGAUCAGGUAUAUUGAUUUGGAUAAGUUUAACCUUAGCCGGGCAGAUGCCGAGAGGCAGAUCAAGGUGUCCAGGAGGGUUGUAAUGCUCCACGCGAUGCAAUCGCUGUCGAUUGAGAGCAUCCAGGCAUUGGUUUUUCUAGCCUUUGACUUUAUGGGAUGCGGGCAUCCAUUGAAGGCAUGGCCCAUAAUUGGUUCCUUGACAAGGACUGUGGAAUAUCUCCAAUUGACAGUUGAGCCACCGGAGCUAUCUUUGAAGAAGCCGCCUCUUCUUCGCCCAUUAGCGCUUCUAUCAUUGCCACGCGAUUGGACAGAGUCAGAAGAGCGGAGGAGGCUUUUCUGGAACGUUUUUCUUCUCGACAGAGUAUGCUCGGUCACAUCUGGCUGGCACACAAGCCUGACUUCGGACCACGUCCAACGACGACUUCCCUGCAGCGGAGCACCUUGGAAGCGCGAAGAGGCGGUCUCGACGCCGUUCUUUGGCAUAUGGAACAGAUCCACGGCCAAAAUCGGCAAGUCGAUUGUGAACGUGCCAACGUUAUACGAGUCACCUUCCAAGACCAGCGACUACAGCCCCGGUGGAGAAACCGGUGGUAGUGGAGGCAGUGGAAAUGAGCAAUUGGACAUCUCGAACCUAGGAGCAUUUGCGUAUUGCAUCGAGGCCACCGAGAACCUAAGCCAGGUCACAUCCUUCUUCCUACAGCAAACCAUCGAUUUCGGAGACAGAGAGCAGGUAAAAAACUGGCUCACGAGGUUUAAAGAGCUGGACCUGCGGCUUGUUCAUUGGAAGAUGUUUCUCCCCCGUCAGUGGAAUGACUCUGAUGUUUCCCGCGACGUAUCCGUGAUCAAGAUGGACCCGAACCUGACCUUGGCGCACAUGACGCAUAACGCUGCGAUGAUCCUGCUGCACCAACAUAUCGCCUAUCCGCCCAAAAAUUGGUGUGACGCCGUCAAGCUACCGAGCGCAUGCAGUGCUGAGACCUGCCAGCUUGCCGCCGUUGAAAUCGCCUCCAUCGCUGAAAAAUACCUUUGCUACAUGGGCGGUAUAAUUAAUAGUCAGUUCGCUUUCUGCGCGUUUGUUGCCGCCCGUGUGCUCCUUGUGAAUUGGCUCUCUUCUCCUCCAGAAUUAAGGAACCAUCUGACACCAGAGUUUUUUAAUCUCGUUGAUAGUUUGAAAGAGAUGUCUCGUCGAUGGAAGGGAAGCCCUGUGGGGAGGCUUGGUGACCCGGACCUGAUGACCAAAUAUGCGACGCGGCUUCAGCUGAUGCAUUCUCAAUAUGCCGCUGGCUUAUAUGCAUACGCCUCCGUUGGUGACAUAUUAUCGGAUGCCAGUUUGGAUGGCCUGUUUGAUAGGCAGCAACUGCCCAUGGCCAGCGGUGAUCCAUUCUGUCGGGACAUGACAUUUCCGUCAACACAGGGAAUGGGAUCGAUGGGAAUGAAUUUCGCGAAUUUUGCACCUACUAUGCAUCCGACAGAGAUCCCAUCAGGAUCACUGACUUAUACACAUCCACCGGUCGCGUACGACCCUCACGGUACGCCCAUUCGCCAGAACGACACAAAUUCACGGCAGCGGCAGCAGCAGCGGGAUCCUAGCGUCAACAUGUCCGCAGGGGGCCCUAGCAUGAUGAUGUCAAGCCCAUCUUCAAUAACAGCUGUAGCGGGACUGUUGGAUCUUGGUAUGGAAAACAAUCACAAUAACAACAAUGGUUUUGGUGGCGAGGACGAUGACGAAUUGACAGCCAUGUCGCAUAUGCUGUUGGGUCAGCAGUUCCUUGAGAUGGACCGUGUUAUCACGUUGGAUGGAACAGACUUCUUCACGUCAACUGGUUUUAAAACAUGA